AUGCAUAAGAUUUUAAGAUCAAUCAAGUCAUUCAAAGGGUCGAGGUUUACCAACAAAUUGCCUACUUAUCUAGAAAGAUUACAAUAAUAGGAGGAAAUGGAUCGUAAGACUAAUUUAGAUGUUUUAAGAAGAGAAGUCUUUAAUGAUUCAAUCUAAUUACCCAUCAAAUUUGCUGCUUAUUAUAUUACUAAGUAUACUGAAUUUUAUUAAUAGCCAAUAGACCUUUUGGGCUGAAUUAACUAGAUCUAUGAUUGAUGCAAGCAAUCAUGUGAUUUUAUUUGCAACCAAUUAUAUUAAUUAUGGUUAUUUUAUCAUUAAUACAAUAGGUCCAAAUAAAUAAUUUCCAUAUGGAAUAGAAAAAGUUAAGCAUCUAGUUGCUUUGAUACCCUCUGCCUUAUUUUUAUACUUCGGAGCCUCUAUUUCCUAUGAAUCAUUUCUUAAUAUUUAUAAUUAUGGUCAUUACGUUGGUGAAAUACACAGUAAUGCUUGGGGAUUGGCAGUAUACCUAUUUAAUUAUUGGAUAGCUAUAUUUAUUAUCAAUAGGUGUAGAAACAAGCGUAGUUUUCAAAAAUAUAAGAGAUGCAUAAGCUGUAGAUUCAAAUGAUGAAACUAAAAAGGGGUUGUUUAAAUAAUUCCUAUCAGUAUUUCAAAAGAAGGAUCCAGUCUUAUAAGCUAUUCUUUAUGAGAAUGCAAUAACAAUGGGAUCUACUUUAAUACCUUUAUUAUCCUCUGCAUUCACUCUCAUAUACCCAACACAUGCAUUUGAAAUUGUAGGAUCUUUGGCAAUCGGCUUAAUAUAAUUGUAUUAUCAAAUCCUUUAUAUCAUUUAGAUAACUAGCAUAUCACUUGAGUGCCAAGAACUUAAGUUCUUUGAUGGGUGAACAAUCUAUAAGUGAUCUGGAAGUCAAGAAAAUAUUAGAGAUUAUUAAGCAGAAUCAAUAUGUUGAAAAGAUUUAGAACGAAAAGGCUGUAAUGUUAGGGAGCAGAAAAUUUAGAUUUUCAGCUGAAAUAACAUUUAAUAUUAAGGUAUGUCUUCAUAUAGAUUCAAAUUAGCAAAUAAAUUAAGAUACUGAAUCUAAGUAUUUAGAGAGAUUUGACAAGGUUAUUUAUAGUGAGUCUUAUAGAGAUCGAGAGGAGUAUCUAUAAGAAUUAUUAAGGGAAAUAUAAGAAUAUGUUCUUGCCAGUUUACAUAUUCAAGUAUUAUUAUGAAUAACUAAUUAGAUACAAAAAAUUGAAAGUGCUAUUAGAAAUGAGUUUCCCAAUUGUAUCCAUUUGGAUUUUGAAAUUAACAACAAAUCAUUGGCUGAAACCUAUUCUAUUGAUGAUGGCAAUUGGCUAUUUAGAGAAACAUUAUUAAAAUCACCUUUUAAGGUUGAAAAAUGGAUGCUUGAUGAAGUAGAUAGAUUAAUAAAGAAAACUACAAAGAAAAAAACUGAAACCUAUAUUGAAACGUAAUAAUUAUCAAGAUAUUUGUUAGCUAUUAAUCCUUAUGUUCAUCAAUUGAAUAUAAUUAAUGGCAUGAUUUAGAAGACGAUGAUGAAUAACUAAAAAUAAUAGAGGAUUACAGAUUUGAAGAAUUGUAGAAUGAAUUAAAAGGCAUGGACCAAAUAUUGUAAAUCAAUAAUCAAUCUAAAGGAUAAUGA